AUGAAAGUCAAUCUAGGUGACAGCAAUCUAGGGGACAGCAAUCUAGGUGACAGCAAUCUAGGUGACAGCAAUCUAGGUGACAGCAAUCUAGGUGACAGUAAUCUAGGUGACAGUAAUCCCGGGGACAGCAAUCUAGGUGACAGCAAUCUAGGUGACAGUAAUCUAGGUGACAGCAAUCUAGGUGACAGCAAUCUAGGGGACAGCAAUCCCGGGGACAGCAAUCUAGAGGACAGCAGUCCUGGAGACAGCAAUCCUAAGGACAGCAAUCCCGGGGACAGCAAUCUAGGGGACAGCAAUCCCCGGGACAGCAAUCCUGGGAUCAACAAUCCCGGGGACAGAAAUACUAGAGACAGCAAUCCUGGAGACAGCAUUCGUGGAGACAGCAAUCCUGGAUACAGCAAUCUUGGGGACAGCAAUCCUGGAGACCGCAAUCCUGGGAACAGCAAUUCUGAGAGAGCAAUCUAG